AUGAGUUCAGAUAUCAAGGUUGGUGAUCUUAUUCACUUGGAGAAAAAUCAACGUGUACCAGCUGAUAUGAUUUUAUUAUGGACAUCAGAUCGUAAUGGUUCUUGUUUUAUACGUACUGAUCAGUUGGAUGGUGAGACUGAUUGGAAACUGCGUUAUGCUAUUCCAACUACACACGCCUACAUCAAUCGUUUAGGUCAUCCAAGUUCACUGUGGGAUAUGGAGGCUCAAGUGUACGCUGAAGCUCCUAGACAAAAUAUACACAAUUUCGAGGGGACAUUUGUUCGUACAGAUGUAACGCUUACAACUCCAACUGAUUCAGAAGCUGCAGAAGUUUCGCUGAAUAUCGAUCAUACUCUUUGGUCGAAUACUGUUCUAGCUACAGGAAGCGCUGUUGGUCUGGUGAUAUACACAGGAUCAGAGACACGUGCAGUAAUGAAUUCAAGUAGAGUACGUACAAAACGUGGAAAAAUCGAUCAAGAAAUCAAUAAUAUCACUAAACUUCUCUUCUGUAUUCUAGUUCUCCUCGCCUUAGUUAUGGUUGCAUUGAAAGGUUUCACUGGUUCAUGGUAUAAAUAUUGGUGGCGAUUUAUUGUUCUCUUUUCAUAUAUUAUUCCUUUGGCAUUACGUGUCAACAUGGAUUUAGCAAAAAUUGUUUACUCUUUUAUGAUUAUGCGUGAUAGAGCUUUACCAAAUUGUCUUGUACGUAAUACUAAUAUACCUGAAGAGCUGGGACGUAUUUGUUAUUUAAUGUCAGAUAAAACUGGUACACUAACACAGAAUGAAAUGGUUUUUAAGAAAUUACACUUAGGCAGUGUAGCCUUUGCACCAGAUUCUAUGGAGGAGGUUGUACAAGGUUUACGUAGUCAUUUUACUACUGGUGCUGGGGUUUCAUCGUCAACAGUUCGACGUACAACUAAUGAACGUAUGGCUGAUGCUGUAUUAGCUAUAGCUAUAUGUCAUAAUGUUACACCAAUGAAUGAGAAUUAUUCACCUCCAGGUGGAAUAGAUAUAACAGAUGGAGAUAAAGGAGCUAUGGAAAUGGUAGAACUUUCUGAUCCAGUCGGCUAUCAGGCUAGUUCACCAGAUGAGAUUGCACUUGUCUCAUGGACAGCAACUGUUGGCGUAACACUUGUAUUCCGUGAUUUACACAGAAUGCGUUUACGUCUUCCAAAUGGCUCUAUUGUCGAAUAUGAAAUAUUGAAUUUAUUCCCAUUUUCAUCGGAAUCUAAACGUAUGGGCAUUAUUGUUCGUGAUUAUUCUACAAAAGGAUAA